AGACUGCUAGAAUAGUGGGAACCUUUCUUCCUGCCUCUCUCCCCUUUCCUCUUCUUUCUCCAUUUCCACUCCCCUCUCUCUCACACACGCUGCAUUAUACGCUGUCUAAACAUCCAUCCAUCCAUCCUUCCAUUGCACAGCCUGGUGAGGGAUCAGUCAGAGAGGGAAAAGAAACAGAUUAUGUUCUCUGAGCCAAAUACAGCACAGCACAGCCCUGAGAUGAGACUCUCUCCAUCCUAAUUUACCUUUCUGCCCUGCAGGCCUGGACGAGAAGCAAAGGACUUUUCAGACAAGUAAGAUCUCUCUGAGAAGUCUGGACGUCGUCUUGACUGAGGAACUUGGGGAUUGAAAGUAAGCCAGGUCCACAGGGACGUCAGAGGACGUUUUUGAUAUUUCUCUCCUGUUCGUGGCUGGCGAAGGGGCCGGUGAAAGUUAGCCAAGACGCCACGUGCCGUGCUCCGCGUGAAGAAUGCCCAGGCGCGCCUGCCCAAGCCGGCCGACACGCCGGCACCGACGCCGGGCCUUUACAUGGAGCGUUCGCAAAGUCGAAUCAGCCUGUCCGCUUCCUUCGAGGCUCUGGCCAUCUACUUCCCCUGCAUGAACUCCUUCGAUGAAGACGAUGGCGACCCAGAGGGCCGCAGGUUAAAGGGUAUUCAGAGGAGUACAGAGACCGGACUGGCCGUGGAGAUGCCCAGUCGCACCGUCCGACAGGCCAGCCAUGAGUCUAUAGAAGACAGCAUGAAUAGCUACGGGUCGGAGGGCAAUCUGAACUACAGUGGGAUGUGUUUGGCAUCAGAUGCCCAGUUUAGUGAUUUUCUGGACGGUAUGGGACCAGCUCAGUUUGUGGGGAGACAGACCCUAGCUACAACUUCAAUGGGAGAUGUUGAGAUCGGUCUGAUGGAAAGGAACGGGCAGCUGGAGGUGGAGAUCAUUCAGGCUCGCGGACUCAUUUUAAAGCCUGGAUCCAAGGGCCCUCCAGCGGCCUACAUUAAAGUUUACUUGCUGGAAAAUGGCAUCUGCAUUGCCAAAAAGAAGACAAAAUCUGUCCGGAAGUCACUAGAUCCUCUUUACAAUCAAGUCCUCGUGUUCUCAGAAAGCCCGCAGGGGAAAGUCGUGCAGGUCAUCGUUUGGGGAAACUACGGCCGAAUGGAUCGCAAAUGCUUCAUGGGCGUGGCACGCAUCCUGUUGGAGGAGCUGGAUUUGACAAACAUGGUGAUUGGCUGGUACAAGCUUUUCCCAACUUCCUCUAUGGUGGAUCCCACGAUGGCACCACUGAUUCGGCACUCCUCGCAGCUCUCUCUGGAGAGCACCGUGGGACCGUGCUGUGAACGUUCUUAAGACCACAAACUUGACUUUCAUUUUUCUCUGGAAGGGCUCUCAAAGCCCUUUAUCCUAAGAGCGCUGGAUGUGCAUGGCUGCAUCACUGAAACCCUCUGGAAUGUUCUAGAAUUUCCAAGAACAGAACAGAUCAACUUCUGGAAUAUUCCAGAACGUCCCACAGAGGGAAUGCUCUUUAUCAGCCUCCGCAAAGAGACUUCAGGACAGGCAAAGAAUGCAGGCCAAACGUCUGGGCUUUGUUUUAGCUUUACACAUUGCCUGUGGCGGUUGGUGUGUCUUUAGAGGAAACAUCCUCGGGUUUAGAAUUAAAAAGUUAACGCGUUUGUAAAGUAAUCGUUUUGAAUGCCGGUUGGUUUUUAUUAGGUUAAAUGGAUGGGUUUGUGCAAUAUGACAAAUAAGAGAUGAAUGUAUUGGUGAAAAAAUGUGCGGGUUUGUUCAUUUCCUCGCUUAAUUAAAAACAACAGAAUAGAUAUUUAUCUUUAAAAGAUUUAACAUGUACAGUAUAGUUCAAAGAAUCAAUGUUUGUGGUUCAUGCUUUUGUUGGCAUUGAGACCUUUUUGUUCAUCUGUCUUAUCAUUGAACAGUGCCAAUGCUACCGGCAAGUGACUUUACUUUGUGGUUAGUGACUAGACGCUUUAUGAACUAAUAAUUUAAGCGGAAUUUAAAAGACAGAUGCUAGAUUUACAGUUAUUUUUGACAUGACAUGCCAGAUAAGGACAUUUUGAUUAUGUAUGUUUUUCCCUAAUAGUGUAUGGAAAAAAAAUAUUUCAAUGGGUGUAUAAACCCGAGGUAACACAAGAUUAUAAAAUGCUCAUCUGAAAAAAGCGUGAAGACAUUGUCAUUAUAGUUACAAAUGUGACGACCAUUAGUGGUCGACCAAUUAGACUAUUUUGAUGGUCAAUGCCUGUACCGAUGUCAAAAGAUUGAUACAGGCAAUAAAUGCUGAAUUUGAAGUAUAAUGAUAUUGAAUAAGAUGAAUUCCAAUUCGGCCAUAUAUUUAAAAAAAAUUACAUUAUUUACUCAAAAAUGACUCAAACUAAAUGUUAAAAUAUAAAAUGACCGAUUCUGAGGCUUUGCCAAUUUAUCGAUCUAUCACCAGUUAUAAAUGAUAAUUUUGUUUUGCACUUUACAAUCUUAAAUUUCUUUCUCAUAUUUACCUGCGAGUUUGACACUGUUUUCUUACGAUUCUGAUUAUUUUGGGAGGCAGAAUCUUCAGUAGCAUCGAUACGGUUGUAGCAUUAGAUCGUUGCAUAUAGGCAUGAAAGACAUCGAUCUUAUUGAGAUUUUGCAUGGAACGGGUUGACAUUAGAAGACUUUAAGUGGCAACAAUAAUGUAGCAGCAGAUGAUCAUACUGUUACAUUGCACAUGUACUGUGUGCCAUUUUGACGCAAAAAUUAAUGUCAGGUCUUAAUAAAUAUUAAGAGAUGAAUUGUAUAAUCUUUCAUAUGUGCUGAAAUGACGAAAAAACAGAAAACAUUUAUACGAUCCAGCACACAAAACUAAAGGGAAGAUUCUGCAUAAAUAAUAAUUUGUAUCUCCAAUAUAAAUGUUUAAGACACUUUUUUAAAAAUCGUAAGAUUUAUUCCACUACAAUGACCUUUCCGUGAACACUGAAAAGUAUACCUCAAUGUACUGUAACACCCUCAACAUGAUCUUGUGUGAAGGCCAUAUAAGCACUGCCACAUUAUUGUUGAAGAAUUAAAUGUUUAUUGUCUUUAAAGCAAUAACUAUGUUUUUCUCGCUCAUGUUGUGUGUUAAGGGAGUAAAGCCAGAUUUGCAUUUAAAUGAGUAACUUCUGCAUCCAUGUAGCAAUACAGUAAAUACUUGGUUUGAAACAAAUCAGUCGAAAAAUAUCUGAUUCUAAACAUUAGGAUUUUUCAGAAUUUAGUGCCAAAAAUUGUGUGUCUCAUAGUUGUGAUGGGCUUAUACAAUUGAACGAUCUGGAAAAACAUAAAAAGUCGCUCAGAAACUAAUGUAGAUUAGUCUGUUGAGUUUGACGCAUCACUUUAGGAUAGAACAAUUUCAUUGGUUAUAUGUUUCACUUGUUUCAUCCUAUAAGAAAAAUAUCAGUAACUGUCUGAAAAAUUCAAUAUGAGUCAUGUUAUUGGUCUGUUUAUUGUAAAGACUUGGGUAUACAGUAGUGGGCAAAAUCAACGGUAGUAAAGAGUUAAAUGCCAGUCAGGAUGCCAGUAUUUAGGCUUUAAUACUUUGGUUUAGUACCGAGAUAUUGCUGAUAUUGCGAAAUCAGGAUUGUAUACUUGUUCUUCAAAACUAGCCCAUUUUCCACUUCAAAUGUUUUAAAAAUUCUAUAAACAUUUCUGUUUCAUGUUAAAUUAAUAUAUUAAUAUUCCUAUAGGAAUUGUUUUUGUGAAGCCUUAAUCACUUGUAAACCAGAGGUCUUAAUAUCCCAAUUGUAUUGCGAAGGAGACGUGCAAGAAUGUAAUUCUGUUUUAUGUGUACUGUAUUUUUUCUUGUUUUUAAUUUCCUGCCUGUAUUUUUUAUUCGUCCUCACAGUUUUGUACCAUUUACCAUAUCAGCUGUACCUGUUGAGGGCAAA